CUCACCCUCACUCUUCCAGCAGCUGCUUGUUUGUAGGGAGACCUCAGGCCAGUCCAUUACGGACUGCUGCGGGGUGACACAGCUCAAGGAACAACAUUUAUGAUCAUUACUUUAUCAUUUUCUUGAUGUAAUAAUCACCAUAUUAAUCAUUUUGCACUGCAGACGUGGUAGUUCUUCUGUCUUAGCGUCUCGGUCUGAUUGCAUUUCCGUGAAGAAUUGAUCAUAAAUGUUCUUUCUUGAGCUGUGUCACCCCACAGCAGUCCGUAAUGGACUGGCCCGAGGUCUUGCUACAAACAAGCGGCUGCUGGAAGAGAGAAGGUGAGUUGUGUUUAGUCUCUUUGUUAAAGAAAUCAGGCAAAGCUAAAAAGAUGUUUGGUGGCUAGUGCUAUGGCUAAGACCCUAUAUGUACUGUUGAUGAAGUUAGGUGCUGUUCUGAGUAUUAUUUGUGGCUUUAGAGUGGCAUUUUGGUUGAGGUUUGUGUCUGGCUCUUCAGACCGCUGUGUAUUGCUAUCCUGUGGUCGUUACUAAAGUUGGUAUAACUAGAGAAGCAAGCGGUCGGCAACAUUCAUCUCUCAAGGGGAUGUCUAACUCAGUGUUACGGUGUGUUUGACCCAUAGACUGUAUAUAGAAUGAACGCCAUCUGCCUCCUCCCCGGGUGAAGCCACUCCGAGAACAGCACCCUCUGGUGAUGGGCUGCAGUAUAGGUCAUAAAUCCCGCCUCUUUAGAAAUUAAUUACACAGAACAUAUUGUGAUGUUGACAUGCUUGUGAUGUUGACAUGUAGUUACAGUGCUCAAGUCCCCUUUUUCUGUGAAGCUCUGUUUUUAAACAUUAUUAGGGGGUUCAUGUUUCUUUGAUUGACACCUGAUACAGCCUAUUGUCGUUCAGGGAUUGCGUAGCUCACCCGGGGAAUACGCUGUUUGUGCCAAGCGUCAUCACAGCGCAGCAACUCUCCCGCCAAAAGCGCACAACGCUACUGCGCAGUGCUGAUUUCAGGAAAAAAGGAAAAAUCCCGCAAAUACCAAGAGCUUUUUGGCCUCAAAUCCGUAUACAGGCGGGAGACGGAACCAAGUUGUCCAUAGUGUAUACAGUCCAUAUUUUGACUCUAAAUUAAUUUUUAGCUGGAAUAUCCCUUUAAGUGUUUUCUCUUUCACUCUCCAUCUCUUUCAUAUUUAUUCAUUCACUCAUUCAUUUCUACAUCAAAAUACAAAUAUUUGAAAGUAUUUUUUUUUGUUUUGGGUUAAUUUUGCUGAGAAAAACUCGCGGCAGAGCUGCACUUUUGGUUAUUGUGUACAAGUUAGGACCUUGUAGAUUAAAAUGUCUUAUGCAAAAAAUUUAUUACACAAACUUCCCACAAGUUGAUUUGUUGAGCUAACUUCAAAGUUCAGUCUUUCCACUGAGUACAGAGUGGCUGCAGGUGGACACUGUUGUAGACAUCUCAAUCCACCAUCUCUCUGGGAAAAGUAAGGGUAGAGCGUCGCACGAUAAUGACGUCCUCAGCUGGUGACGUGUCAGUUUGUUUACAGCCGCAGCCGCACAGACAGACAUGGCUGUGGAUAUAACUUUACUUUUUAAAGCCAGUGUUAAGACUGUCAAAACUAGGAACAAGGCGAUCGGGAUAGGCUUUGACUCUACAAAGGAUGAAAUCUUCAAGAGGAGCAGACCGAAGAGUGGUUUCUCUCCGAAGGCGAAAGAAGUGGUGAGUGUUUCAACAAGCUAACUUUAGUCAACGGAGCUAGCACGGACACGGACUGACUUCAUCUGAAAUCAUGUCUGUUUGUGUAAUUUAUCUAUUUUUUUUUUUCGACUUUAGAAUUCACAGUAAGCAUAACACAUGUGUACAGAAGGUCAGACAGUUCUCCUAGUUUUGGUGUUGUCAAAAUGAAGCUCAUAACUUAAGUACAGUGUGUACCUAAAGUGCAAAAUCAGUGAAGUCUUGUUAAUUUCAUUAUAUUAUCAAGAAAGGUUGAAUUUGGCCUCAACUAUCACAACCCAUACAUCACUCAUGAAAACAUUAAUGUUCUGCUGAAUGAUAAUUAAACUGCUUUAGAUAGAUAAAAUCACAAGCAACAUAUGUGAAUCAUUCUGAGGGAAAAUCUGUCAAAGGAAAAUAAUUCAUCUGCACAUUGAUAAUUCAUCGCCAUCAAGACUGUGUCAAGAGUGUACCUUCGCCUUUUUGUUUCCUACAUCCCUUUUAAACACUAAUAUCUUGGAGGAACAGCUGUCAUAAAUACAAAUGAUAUGGUAUAAUAUAUCUGGAGGUCAUUGAAUGCUGUCAUCUUAUACCAGGAUAAUAAUAAUAAUUACAAUAAUUAUACCCUUUUUUUGCAGUGCCCUUUACACCAAGAGCCCUCAAAGUACUACAUCUUAAAAGCAAAGAAACAUCACAGUAAAGAAAUAUAAAAACAGGUUAUUGGUUAAAAAGCAAGAGAAACAUCUUAUUAAAAGAGUAAAAGCAAGAUAAGUGGGUCUUCCAAACAUUUUAAUAGUCUUGCGGUUGUUGCAUGUGUCAGCUGUACUAUAUCAUACUCAUUUCAUCUUUUCGCUAUGUGCUAUAUUAGCAGGCUAUUAUUUAGGUAUUUCAGCAGCAUCAUAUUUCAGUCAUUGAGUUAAGACAGUUACUAUGAAAAAAUUCCAUUGUAGGGAUGUGCAGGGUUUCUUAUCAACAAAGUUAUCGAUGAGUUCAGUUUGUUCCACAAAGGUUAUCAAAGUCCAAAUAAAUGCAUACAUAUAUAAAUUUCUCUCUCUCUCUCUCUCUCUCUCUUUAUAUAUAUAUAUAUAUAUAUAUGUGAUAUAUGUGUGUGUGUGUGUGUGUGUGUGUGUGUUGUUCGAACAGAUGUUAAAUCUUGUUGAGCUUUGUGUUUUUAAGAAUCUACUUCAUAGUCCCAAUAUAGAGUUAUUAAUGUGGUAUGCAAUAUUGUAUAUACAGUACAAGAGCAGUUUUAAGGGAGUACUUAAAAGUACAUAAGAAAUAAUAUACAAUUGUUUGAUGUUUCAGAAUGCAUUUUUAUCCAAAUGAAAAAUACGCUAUCUUUACAAAGAUCCACUACCUUCACAAAAGUAAUCUUUUAUAAGCCUUUCACUGCAUCCUUCUUGUCAGAGAGGCUCCAACUAUUUGACUACUUUUACUGCGCUGUGUGUGUUUAGUAGCUUAUCAUAAUGGCAUAAAUUACUCUUGACAAAUAUGGCAUGGACCUUGGGAACAUUAUUUUUUUCAGUCAUACAUGUAUGGUGGUGUAUGCGGUGUGCUUCAUGUAGACAUGAUGCUAGUCACUCUGCUCUUUCCCCUGCUAGCCUGCUUUGUUACACCCUAUCUUAACCAUUGUGUUCCUGCAAAAGCAUAUCAUUGCUGCCAAUAAUAAUGAUGAGGUAUUUUGAGUACUCUCCUAUUUAAGAUCCGAAAACUACAACAAUUUAACUGAAGUCAGCCUACUCCUGAAGAUAAAUCACAAGUAAAUUGUCAUCUACUGUACAUAAGAAGAAACAAAGAUUGCUGAAAUAACAUAGCGCACAGAGAAAUGCUACUAUUUUUACUUGAACCUAGGUCAGACUGCAGAAAUGUUCAGACCCAGCCCAGUGUGGGAAGUUCAGAAUAACCAACUGCUCUGCUUAAAGGUGGAAGGACAAAAGCUUAGUUGUUUGAGAGGGGAAAAUAAAUUACUUUGGGUCAACUUGCCAGACUCUGUAUGUUCAAGCCCAGAGUAUUUUUUUGCCAGCUGUCAGAUCCGAAUGCCACUUUCCCCAAAACGCUGACAGGUCUUGAAUCAGAGCUUUGAACUGACCUAGAAAAUUACCUGAUGUGAUUAGGAUUUCAAGCUGCCAAACUAAUUAGAACAGGCAUUCAGUCAGCUGUGUUAUAAUCCUUUUUGUUAGUGAGAAAAUGUAGAUUUCAGAGCCUCUGUUGAAAGGCAUAGUUCACUGUAUCCUACCCUUGAUUUAGUUUUAGGAAAUUUCACAUCGCCCUAAAAGUAUCAAUGAACAAAAGAUGGCUUUGAAUCUCCCAUCAUGCAACACUAGCCUUAAUUUUUUCAUGUAUCCUUGAAAAACAAAAAAACAUCUGCAUUUGUUCCUCUGAUGUUGUACUGAGGCAUCUUUAAUGGUUGGCAGCAGAAGAAGGUAAUAUGCAACUAAAAGGUUUCACUCCAUUUCUUAAUUGUCGCUUCUCCAGGCAGAAGUCUGUUAGUUGACAUGAAUAUCAUGAGCAAAAGCCUCUUCAAAGGCACCUUGAAGAACCACUUUAUGCCUCCCUCAGGGAGUCAGGACUUUAAGUUGUACCUGAUGUCUCCAACCAUCAGUCUGAGCCCGGUCCCAGCAGCUCCAGACAACCAGGUUUUUGUUAUGUUCUGUUACAUUCAUAUUAGAAAUGGUGGUUUAAUAAAAGCAGUGGUGCUGAUUCAAAGAAACCCAAACCUAUCCUGUGGUGCCUGCCCUCUGCUCUCCUCUCCCCUACUGCUGUCUCCCUGGCUCUGUAGAUAUAAUCUCAAAGUGUCUCGGUGAAGCAGCUUUUGUAGAAAUUGAAAUUGCGAGUUUGGAAUGUCCUGAGUGCUUACAGUUAUGUUGCGGUUUUCACCCACAACUCAGCCCACCAUUCUUCUCUGUGCAGCCUUAUACAUACAGCAUUUUUUUAUACAAGACCCCCUUCACAUGUAUGAUUCCAUAAACAUGCUGCAAUAACAUUUUCUUUCAGCUCUCGAACAAUUUCUCGGGGAAAGCCGAUCCUCCCAAGAGCCAGUGAUUAAAGGUGGAAGAUCAAAACAGAGAAAAUAUUAAAUUAGGUCCCCAGUAACAAUGUUGACGGCCGGCACCUAAUGCACAACAGAUGUGAGUGCCCUUCAAGACAUGCAGAGCUCUUUAAGUUCCCACUGAAGCUCCACAAAAAUAGAAAACAUUAAAGAUGACAAAAACACAGUGGUCCUGUGAGGCUCUUUUUUCGUCUAAAAAAGCAGCUCAGUGAGAAAGGAAAUGUUGCCUCUUUCAAGGCAAUGCGAAAAAGUUUCAUGAUUGACUAAUAAGAAGGCUAGUGUUUACAGGGUGGGGUUUGGUCUGGGGGAAUCUUUUCCCACAUAGAGGUCGGUUUGGGGCACUGUGAUCUCCAUUUCACCACUCACCUCGUCUCUCCCCGCAGCAUGCUGCCCCUCUCCAGUUGAAAUGGAGGGGGUCACUUUAAAAUUGGUAAAUUGUGUGUAGAAAAUAGUGCCGGGCUCCCAGCUGAGCCUCUAGUAUUGGUAUUCCAAAAUUGGCUCCUUCUCGCUGUUUUCUCAGAAACCCUGAAAAGUGUGGCCACAAGCCAGCUUCAAACUAUGCUGUUCUUUUAGAGUAGGAGGAGGGGGAGUUUCCCUUCGAUACUUUGAUUAAUUUUACAUGGAAAUAGUAUGCUCAUCUAUUCUCAUAUGAAAUAUUUUUGCAAGGAUUGAUCAAGUUUCAAAGUCAAAUAAUGUUUUUAGAAACAAAUGUAUGUAUUUUAACAAGAUUUCCAACAUGGGAAUAAAUAUGUUCUUGAUUAACUACAUGAGGAUGUGUUAAAUCACAGCUAGAAAAUCAAAAUAUUUGAAGUGGGCUGAAGGAUUGAUGACUUUUGAUGUGAGAGUGAAGUUUAUUUUGUAGAUUUGUUGCAUUUAACAGACAACGUUGUGCUGAUGGUGUACAGUCACUGCAGCAGAUUGACAUUUAUGGGCUUUCAUUAAUGUCAACUACGCAGACAUAAAAUGCACAAGUGUGGCUAUGUGUCUUGUUGUAUUAUGUCAGGCCAUAAUCCUAAAAUAAAUGUCAUGUUGGUGACAGGGUGAAUUUACUGUAUCGAAACUUAUAUCUUUUCCAAACCAUAUUUUUGUGGGUAUUCACACAAAAGACAUACAUGUUCAAUAACUAUUUCAAAGGAGUAAACUUUAAUGUUUAAUUUUUAAAAUAUGUGACAUUAAAUCAUAUCUAAAAGGGUGAAAAUUGGUAGAUGUCUAUGACCUCCUGACAGCUAAGAAACAUCUUUAUCAGUUCUUCUCUCAUCCGGUCACCAUGUCGGCACUCAGGUAAAAACUGCGCUGGCAUACAGCUGUCAGCGCUAAGGCUCGCCUCAGUCAGAUGUCAGCCAUGGGGAAGUGAUUUGCAGGGAUCACUCUGAGACGAUUGUGCUGCUAAAUGUUCCCUUAACCAGUUGGCCUAAUCUCUGUGAUGUUUUCCCACAAAAGCCAGGCAAAUUGAAUUUUGAGGCAUCUGCUGUCAGGCCUGAGCACAAUCAUGACUUUGUUUCACUGCAUGCAAAACAAAAUGUCUUUGCAUGAUUCGUGAAAAAUAAAAGAGGAAACUGUGGUGAAAUACAGAUUUAUAGAUUUAUGUCAAACUCUAAAUCAUGAGACAGACUCCAGACCCAACCGUUCCAGUGGGACAAAAGUAAAGUGGAGUAAAAGUUAAGUAAAGUCAACUUGUAUCGGGACAUAAGCAGCAGCUCAAACACUUUUCAUCAAACAUUGUUGGGCUUUGUCAACAGACAAUCGUAGAUAUUGUGAGUUAGAUUCAGUGAAAUACUUCACUACAGAUGACAGCCGGCUACAUUUUUGACCCUGGCACUGAGAAACACAAAGUCUGAACCAUGAAACUGCAACAGAUGUGUGCGUCCUACCUCAGAGACAGCGCUCAAGACUGCUCUUUUUGUCUUCUAUUGAGAUGUUAGUCCAGAAAGACACGGGGUAUUUAUUAUGUACCGUCAUGUCACAUUUAUACUGGAUGCAUGAAGUGAAACUAAAGCAGCUAAUGUUGUUUAGCUAACAGUAAACAUGUUGUUUAUUUUUCUGUUGUGGUCACCGUCUUUGUACGGCAGAUGAAGAGGAUUGUUUAAGACGAAGGUCAACAGAGAAAUGAUUGUUUUCAGAGCCGAGUGUGUCUGUUUGCUGCUUUCAAGGUGCAGACCUUACAGGUGUUUUAAAUGAGGCCUGAGCGUGACAGGAUUUCUACAAUUUGUCAUUCACACAGAUGAAUUGUCUCGUGUUUGCAGGCAGACACACUUGCGUACCGUUGUUUUUCCAUUCCUUAAGCUACAUUGUGUUACUCAGAUCAUACACAGUGCAUCAGAUGCUGGUGAUACAGCUUUUACUUUGUGCAUAAGAGUUGUUUUUUUCUGGAUUGCAGGCUUUAAAACUAAAACAGCAGGAGAAAGCUGCGUUGUCACAGUCUGGAAUAUUUGUCAUUGAUAAUCAUUAAAAAACACAAGCUAUCUUUUUUCUUUCUUUCUUGUGCAGUUUAAUCUGCUGUAGAUCAGGCAAAAAAGCCUUUUUUGCCCUGCAGAGAUUUUUACUGAUUGACAGCUGCUUGAAUGUAUAGCAAUCCUCAUUAAAUAUAUCACAUAUAGAUGAAAUUGAUUUAAAGGCAAAUUAUAAACAAUACAUUUUAGUCAAAUAAAGAGUGCACUCAAGAUUCUGGCAGAACAUCUUUGAUUCACAGAGAAAAUCAUUUAUUCACUUUAUUCAGUUUACUCAUAAUUCUACUUUUGCUUUACACAACAUUUUUCUGACGGCUACUUUUUGCAGCAACUUCUAUUGUGUAACUGUUCUUUAAACCCUAAUGAUGAAAAAAAUACAAUACUGAACAUUUAAAAGUUUGUCAGCUUUGACUUUUACUAAAUAUCAUGACUGAACUCCCUUUAUUUACAUUUUUUAAAGACUUAUUUUGGACAUUUUUAUUGGAGGUUUAAAAAAUAGUUUAAGAUAAGAUGUACCUUUAUUAGUCCCACAGGUGGGGAAAUUACAGCAGCAUAGAUACAAAUGCAAAAGAGAAAUUAAAAGAUAAAGAAACAUAUAAACAUGUGUACAGCAUAUACAGCAGUUUGAGUUGGGGAGCAGAAAAAUUGUUCAUAUAGCUCACAGUGUUUGACAGGAACUAAGGCAUACAGAACAAACUUCAUGUUUCUGUAUGAAACAUGAUUUAAGGUUAACAAUGUUAAACAGAGUCAGACACUUCUGACCAUCUGAGCUCACUCUUCUAAGUUCAUGACCUGUCCUGCAUGCUUAUCAACUUUGUCUCUGUUUUUAUAUUUCAUUUUUGCCAUCCAGGUUGUCUGUGACAUUGGUGUGACAGCUCCAGCUCGUACAUGUGUUUCCUCUGAAAGUGAUUAUCCGAACAUGAUGUAGUGGCUCUAAAAAGCACAAAUGUAGUACCAAUAAAUCUCAUCCAAAAUCAGACAAUCAGUUGAUCUGUGUUAGCGCUCAGGUUUGAAGUUGUUCCAUUUGGUGUUAAAUGGAAAGAUAUAGAGAUGUUACAUAUUUUUAGGGCACAGUGACUCCUGUCUGUUCAACCUUUUUCCCUUUAUGUUGUGUUUGUUUCUUUAAACGGACAUUUUGUUUUGAUCUUUGCGCACAAAUUAACUCAAACUGCAUUUACGCACUUCUUUUUCAACAUUUUAGCACACAUGAAAAAAAAAAGACCCAAGACCCCGUCCAUUAAUACUCUUGAAAAGUUUCUCUGAAGGUGUUUUUGUUUGUUUACAGCGCUGAGUAAAGUGUUCUGACUGCGACUAUCCAAAGACUAAACUGAUUAGAGAGUCAAACAUAAACAUGAUAAUAAAAUCAACAUGUGGCUGAGUCUUCCUCACUGAAGCAUCCUCUCUGUAUUCAGAGUCUCAUACCUAAACAGAACCUCGCAUGGCGUCAGUGCGGAUAGCCCGGGGUCAGGACACACAGUCAGGGACUUAAAUCAAAGCGGGGUAGUCAUCAUCAAAUUCUGUCAGUUACCUGGAUUUAACAAAACAAAGAGCCAUCCAAGCUCUUUGGAAAUCUGCUGGCUAAGCCUUUUUCUCUUUUCUUCCUCAUAAUAAUCCCCCCUGAUGGUUUGUUUGGGCUCAACCGGGGCUGAAGGGAAGCAGGGGGAAGGAGAAAGUGAGGAGGUAAAGUGGGGGUCUUUGAUGAUGACGAGAUUAGAUGUAGCCCGGCAGACUGUCUCCUUCUGCCUUUUGCUGCGAGCUCUACCUCUCUCUCACACACACCUAUAGACUGCACAUAUACACACAUAUAUGCAUACGUAGAGCUGCAUGCACAAGGCCACCCCCUUCCUCAUUGUUGAGGAAUUACUUGCUCUUUAGGGUCUUAAGUUACAAGAGCAAUUGAUCCCCCUGACCCCCUGCAAACCCUUGAGGUUGUGCUGGGAAUCUGAGCUCCAAUGUAUACACACAGGAGACAGCUCAAACCCCAAAGCAGCACUCUUGACACUCCGCGGCACCCCCACAACACACACACACACACACACACACACACACACACACACACACACACACACACACACACACACACACACACACAAACCUUCUGAUUGACUAUGUUCUUAUGCUGUGGGUUUAGCACAACCUGCUGGUGAAAUAGGUGCAGCACCACAGACAGAGUUUCCACACAACUAUGGUUUAAGCCUAAACAAAAGGCUAGAGCCUAACUGCAAGAAGAAAAUAAAGCUGGAGGCUCUUUAAGUAAACUUACAGCUUGUCAAAUAUAAACCAGAAAAGGAAAGUCUAUUGUAGUUUCAGAGUUUUAUGUCAUAAAAUGUUACUUCUCUACAGUGUACCAAGAGUUUCAGUAGACAAUCUGUGCAUUCAAGCCUUCUGUAUGUUACCAAAAUGAAACUCCACUGUUUUCAUGCUGCGUUCCAGUUACCUCAGAAGUCGGAUGUCGGAGCUGGGAACAACCUUACAAGAGUUAACAAGUCGGAAAACCAAGAUGGAGGCCUACAGUUACCCGUUGUUAGCUGUUAUUUAUAAUUGUCAGCUGUCGUAAGUUGUUGUUAGCGAUACCAGUUGUAAACAAUGUGUCACACAGUAUUUUAUUCGUACCAACACCAUAGCACCAUGUUCACAGUUAGACAUCGGGCAGUACAACAUAUGCCACUUAUUUAAUGUCACAAAAACAAAACCGAAGUGCUAAUAAAUAAUAUAUUACAAGAGCUUUCACUGUUUCCGAGUCUUUCCAAGUUGGAAAUCCGACUUCAGGGGGGCGUUCCAGAUGAAUUUCCGACUUGUAGCUCAGAAAUUUCGACUUCUGAGUACAACUGGAACGCAGCAUAACACCUUUGACCUUUACAUUGACCUUUCUCCAAUGUGUGAUAUUGGUGUACCAUUGUGCGAUUUUUCAGGGUGCGAUGAAAUCUCAUGAUAAUUCUAACUGAGGUGAAAAGCAGCCUCAGGAGAUCAGAACUCUCCUGGAUGAUAAAAGUAUGAGGCGAACACCUCAGCCUGAUUUCUGUUCUCAUUGUGAGAAUCUGAGGGUGCUUUUGCAGAACCCUGUUAUCCAAGGACAGUCCUCAUUUCUUCUUUUGUAACGGCCUCUAUGCAAUGUUACACUGGUGUGAUAGAUUAUGGACAUUAACGUGCACUGAGGACCAAAGGCUGGUGAUGGUUUGAUCGUCUGUGCAGGUCAAUGUCCACCUGCAAAAGCUUGUUCUGCAUGGUUCUAGUUAACCACACAACUGUAUCUCCAUUUUUCUAGACCAAAUUACUUCCAAAUAGUAUCACAGUGUAAGAAGACAUCUGUCAUCUGUGCUUGUUUAUAUCCAGAUAGUUUAGCAUUAUAGAAUUGAGGCUAGGGCUGGGACGAUAUGCUUUUCUCCCGAUUCAAUUCUUCUACGAUUUUUUGAUGCCGAUUCGAUUUAAAUUGCGAUUCUAUGAUAUUAUCGAUUUUCUCGAUCUUUAGCUUGCAUUUUUAACACCAGUGAAACAGUUUAAUGAUUAUGAUUGUCUACUGACUAUUCCAGGAACCGUAUUUCCCCCCAAAAUACACAUCACAUGUUAGUCAGUUUUCAAGAUUUAUUUGUAAAUUUGGUGGAAAAAAAAAAUCAAAUUUUGAACAAAAAAAUCGAUUUUAAAAUUGUAACACAAAAAAAUCGCAAUACUUAUGUGAAUCGAUUUUUUUCUCCCACCCCUAAUUGAGGCAGUAGACAAUAUCUAGGGCUACAACUGAGACACCACAUAUGAUCAGCAUUUUAGAUCACAGAGUAUUGAUUACCUGUCAAACUGAUAAGUAAUUCUAGGGACAACUUGAAUGGUUGACCAUGUUAGUCGACCAAAAGCACAUCUCCAGUCUUUAUUGUAAGAAGCUGUAUGCAUCAUUUAAUGUUUAAGUAAUGUCUUCUUGUGCUUUUUUUAUUAAUAGAUGACAUUGACAUUAAAUGUGGAUUAUUUUCAACAUUUGUAAAAGAGUUUUAAUUCUCUGCUUCCACCCAGAACAUUACAACAAGCAGCUUGUUCUUUAAAAAGUUUUGGUUUAUAUAUUUUGGAAAUCCUCAGUGAGUGACACAAGACAACAUUGAAGAUGUUUUAAGAGACUCUGAACCAAUGAAGGACAUUUUCUUCUCCUAUAAACCCCCUCCAACAAUUAACUCUUGACCCCAAAUAACCGUAUUAUUAGGAGGGUCAGCCAUAACCACCCCGCAGCUGAGUCAAACGUCAGUGAAAACCAAAGAGGGAGCUCUUGGUUUCAAACAAAUUGCUCUGCUCUGUUUAUCUUGACACCUUUCUGCAUUGAAAAACUUUUCAUUUUUCAGAAGUCAGCUCAAAUGAAACACCGCCUCAGGUCGCUGUGACGCUGAGCCUGAAUGUUUAGAGACAUUAUUAGACAGCUGGUGCCAGGUUACCCCUCACAGCCAAGGCAAUUUGAUAAUUGAGGUCGUUAGAGCGAGGACGCAGAAGGCCGAAGACAGCGUCGUUCUGCUGUCAAAAUAAUCUUCCACACUCUGAGGCGGCUGUCACAGUCACACUCAUUGUGUCAUUUUUCAAUCCUCAGCUUGUCUGGCCUCUGUCUUCUCAUGGAUCACACAGAGCCUGCUGUGUGUCUGUAUUCACACCCACGCUUACCCUGCCAACACAGCUCUGUGGACAGGGAAGCAAUUUGGUCUUUUUUAAUAUUUGACCGAAUUACACAAGCAAAUAUUGGAUUGAACUGAGUUUCCUCUGGUUUCCCGUUGCACACACACAGACACACUCAUGGACAUUUUCUGGGAGAUAAAUAGCAACACAUCAGGAAUUUAAAGCUUAUUAGAGAUGGCUCUGUAUGUAGACACUCAUGCUUUUAUUUAUGAGAGCUGUUUGACGGGGAAAUUGCAGGUUUGAUUUUUGCAUGUCUGUGACUUGAUGAAUCAUCCAAAGCAAAUAUUGAGCAUUCACAGAGAUAGAAGGACAUUGGUCGCCUGUCACAUCCAAUAAAUACAAAAUUAUAUAUUUGUCCUGGCUCUUUCCAAACGUAGUCUGAAGAAAAAGUUUUCCUGGAACACGUCUAUAAGAACUCUAAUUUAAGCCGUGUUGACAUGGUUGACAUAUUUAAAGCUGCAACUGAGGCGUGACAUUUCAAGAGACUCAUUGACAUGUAGGUAACGCAGUAAAGUAAUGCUUCUUGUCACUUUUCCUUGGCAGAUCUCAAACAUCACCAAGCUCAAAGACUUUCUGCUGCAACACAGGAAAGAUUACGUGAGUGUCGGAAGGUAAGCCCCUCUCAACUUGUCACAGUGAUACGCCACAACCAACAAAUCAGCAGCAGAGGUAAGGGAGAGAUGAAACUUUUGAUGAUGACGAAACUCCAAGAGUUUAGGUGUCAGGGAUAAUUGAUUUUACUUUCAAAUACAUUUCCAGUGUGUGAGUGUGAGUGUGCUGCAGGGGCCGUGUGCUGGCACGGGGUCAGCAGCGUGUAGGGUGGUCCAUAGCGGCAGGCUCCAGUCUAAUUGUCUGGAAUAAUUGAGCUGCAACCAAGUGAAGAGCAAAUCACGCCCUGGGACUAAUCCAGGCCUUCCUCCCCUCAAGGCCCCCUCUGUGUUUAGUAGGUGUGGGUGUGUGGAGCAGCCUCAUGGUUUGUUACGAUUGUUGAUAAAGUCUCUUCAGAACACAUUAGCUAAACAUUUAAAUGGGUGGGGUGCAGCCGUACUAAGCGGUGGGAAAAUCCAUCAUGAAGCUGCUUUAGCGUGGGUGCAAGUCUCCGUCAGUUCCUGACCGUUAGUUUUCUUAUCAGCUUCCUUUUUCCAUCAUGAAAUGUCGACUUUACCAAAAUAACUUUCAAAUCUUUGAAGAAGUCUGUAGAGGGAUAUCUUUCAGUUCAAGGAUUGUAAAGGACACAGUUUACAAAUGGCAUACCAAUGAAUGAGAAUAAUAUAAAAAAUUCUUUCUUUUUUCAUAAUUUAACCUGAAAAGGCAAACUUUUAUAUGUUUGUUUGGUAGGGACACGUAAAAUGAAACACUUCAAGCAUUAAUUUGUUUAAAUUUUGAUGAUUUUUUACAAGGAUGAUGUUAUUAUACUACUUCCAAACAUCAAUCAAAAAAAAGAUUUCAAAUAGAGAAAUGUCCAAUUUCUGAAAAGCACAAUCCAUUACACACUCAACACUUGGUUGGGGUUCUUCUGCAUCAAAAAGUUAGUUAGUUACUAGUUACCGAAACCAAGUUUGCCUUCAGCUCGCCUGUUUUAUGUUUGUCUUUUUCUGCCCAGGUUUUUCUCAUCUUCUUCUUGGCAAUUAUCCAACAGAUUCUUUACAGAGUUCAGGUCAGAAAAAUUGGCUGACUGAUGAAGCACACGAGUAUCAUGGUCAUCAAACCAUUUGGUAGUAAUUUUGGCACUGUUGGCAAGUGCUAAGUUCAGCUGGAGAAGGAAAAACAGUAUCUUCAUAAAGCUUUUCCGCAGAUGGAGGCAUGACGUGCUCCAAAAUCUCCUCCUAGACUUUAGGCUUGAAGUAGACUUUUCUGGACACGUCUGUGCGUGGCAGCUCAUUUUGCUCUGACUCCAGCCUCAGUCCACUCCUUGUGAAGCUCCCUCUAGUUCUUGAGUCAACUUUUCUUCACAGUCUCAAGGUUGCAGUCAUCCCUGUUGCUUGUGCAUCUUUUCCCAGCACACUUUUCCAAUCCAGUCAAAUUUCUGCUAAUAUGCCCCGGCACAACACUCGAUUAACAGCCGGCCUCUUCAGCAGUGACCUUAGCUGACUUCACCUCCCUGUGGAGGGAGUGGAUGAUUAUUUCUGAACACCUGCCAAGUCAGCGGUCUCCUCAUAUUUGUGGUUGUGUGUAUUGAAUUAGACUGAAAGAUACAUAGUUUGUUCUGUUUGAAUAUUAAUUUGACUUAAGGUCAUUACACACCCGGGCGAAUUUGAGAGGCAAAUAAUUCACUUUUUUUUAAACCUCAUAAAGUCAAUGCAAGCUUCUACACCGGCUACAAACUUCCACAGAGCGAAAAAGCGACCAUAAUUUUUCACCCCUGUUGCAAAUUUUGCAAACAUUUGUAGGCAAACUGGUGUAAAAAUCUAUAGCCUCAUAUAAACCUUACCUCAGACACGUGGCAAGCUGUCCUCUCUUUCUGCAAACGUGGAGUCAUCUGAUGGGGCAGUUCUUGAAAUUGUCCGAGGGACAUUCUGAAGUAUUGUUGUAAUUUCUCUGGAUAAAUUUAGGCUCCUGGAUCGUUGUGUGGAACUCCCCCGUCUCCUGUCGCAAGUUCAGUAUUGGAUGUACCCAGAUGUACCUUCUUUUUCUUUUUGUUAUUUAAUAGACUUACAACCAUGACCAGGUCAUCAUCACUUCAGGAUGUAGUCGCCAUUGUUUCUCCUUCUUCUCUCUCCCCCAUGUUCCCAUGGAAUAUUUUUUUCAGAUUAUGCAAAUUUUAUUCCCAUUGUACAAGGUUUGUAUAGCGAAAAGUAAUUUUCCCUAUACACAAAACCAAAAGCAUUUCGCGUCGCUUCGCUCAUUCGCUGGUGUGUAAUCACCUUUAAGCUCAAAAAGGAAUAUUCUUAGAUUUUGACAUUGUUUGGGCUGUUGGACACUUUUAGCAAAACUCAAUAAGGAAAGUGCUGAGUCUAGAGUGUAUUGAAAAAAAAUGUCUUUAAUAAUUGAUUUUUUUAAUUUUUUUUUACAAUAUUGUAAAUUUUUAGAUUUACCUACACUAUACCUACACUAUAUUAUACUGUGCUUUGUCUGCAUCUUAACUUAACUACAUUUUUUUAGCCACCACAAGUGUAAUAAUCCUCAAGGAACACUGUUUUCUCCUUUCAGGCGACAGUUGAUGAUUUUUACUAUCAUCAAACCUGCUACCAUUUCUUUUGUUUUGUCUAUCAGAUGUCAGAAAAAAAGGUCAGAAAUAUCCGUCACCAGAGCCAGAUGUAACAUUUCAAAAUAUUUUAUAAACUUGGGAGCCCAAAUAAAAAGAAUGUAUUUGUCAUCUUUGGUCAAAAAACUACUUGAAAAAAGACACAUUGACUAAAUAGUUGCUGUUUAAUUUUUUUUUCUCUCUUGAGUGUUUGAAUCUGCUUCCAUUUUAUGAUGUGUUGUUUAAAAUUAAAUACUUUAUCAGCAAUUAAGUUUGACAAACAAGGUGAUUCAAAACUGAAUUUACCAGUCCAAAUCCAUCAUCACCACGCUGUAGGGCAAUCCCUACCCACCCUGGUUUGUAGAUGAGAAGAGUUUCCAAGUCUCAGAAAUCCACUAGAGGGAGACAUCGAGCUUUAUUUACACACUGGACAGCGAGAAGACUCUGCUCUCACAGUAACAGCUGUUGCUGCCUCUGGUGUUUUGGAAAUUUUCAAUUCCUUUUCCACGACAGAGUUCAACAACAGAGUUCAAUAAAGGGUCUUGAAUCAAACAGCUGUCUUUGUGUAUUUUAUUAUAUUCUUGCAAGAUUGGGGAGAUAACACAGAGUAAGUAUUGUAAAACAGCUGUGAGGUACUCUCCCAGGCAGUCUCAGGCAUGCUCCUCUUUUAUCUAACACAGGGCAUCCUUAACUACGUCAAAUAUCAGAACAUUUAUUCAUUGGUUUACUCUUAAGCAUAUAAUUACAUACCAGUAUUAUUCCCAGCUCUGGAGAACUUCUUUAUCUACUUAUGCAUUCUUUCCCGAAACAGGGUGUCUGCAACAGGAGACAAAAGCAUCUCAUACCACAGUUCAUACAAGGACACUCAAUAUUUUUCCACUUCACUGGCAACUUUGUUCAAGUUUAAGUUGCAGUUUCACCCCAAAGGAAAGAAAUAAGCUCUGAUGACUUCAGAAACCAGAGGGCCUAUGUUUCUGCCAAGAGUCUACUCUACAUAACCUUAGAUAGAAAGACCUAAAUAUGAGGGAGCGCCUCUGUCUGUAUUUACACCCCUGACAGUAAAAGUGUGCUUGGUUUGAGUUGUAAUCAAACGCUGAGUAUAAGAAAAUGUUUCUUAUCUUGACCGAACUGUGAUUAUUUUUUCUUCACAGUCUCAUCUCAUCAGACCUAACUCGCAUGACGGACAAUGAGCGGGACCAGAUAGAUCAGGAUGCUCAGAUUUUCAUGAGGACGUGCUCUGAGGCAAUCAAGCAGCUGCGAAAUGAAGGUGUGUGUCAGGUGUAACAUGCUGAAGGGCAAAGGCUAAAUCUCUUAGAUUAGAAUUUUCAGACUCAAACAUAAAUGGGGGCCUCAGAGGAAAUUGGAUUUUUUGGUCAUUUUUUUGCACGUUAACGAGACUGAAGAAUUUGUCUUUAAUACAUAAAUGUUUACAGCGGACAAGCAAGUGACUUCAACACAGAUAAGGGAGCACAGGGGGGCCGUGCUGGACCUCAUUGAAAUGUAUCUUAAGGGUAAGUUCAUGCAGCUCAUUAUUUGCACAUUUACAUAUUCCUGCCUGAGUAUUUCUUCUAACUGCACUGCAUGGUCUCUUAAUUUGUAUUUGUGUUGUUUACAGGGGUGUGUAAGCUGUACUCUGAGCAGAGAGCGAUCAGAGUCAAGAGAAUGGUGGACAAGAAGAGGCUGUGAGUAUUUGAUAAAAUCAUGGCUCACAUUUCAGUAUCAUUUAAGGGUUUUUAAAGAUUUCUAAAGAAAAUUGUCUGAUUCCAUGGCCCUGCUCUCUGUGGUUUUAGGUCAAGACUAGCUCCAGAGCACCACCGUCAGGUGGAGAAGACACCAGAGGUGGAGCCCACGGAGGAGAAAACUGUCAAGGAGGAAAGUUCUGGUAAGUUAGUGAGUCUCCUAAGACGCUGGGUUUCAAGGACACUUAACGAAUUCUUUCAACUCUUUAUCAUUAUUUAGUAUCUCGUAUUUAAGCUGUCAUGUGCCCUUUUAGGUGUCUUUUUCCUUUAAAUUUGUGCAUGUCAGACUUAAAAGCUUUAUUGUACUGCAAUUAAAGUUGGUCUUUAUAACUUUCUAUUAUCUGCAACUAUCAUUACAUUUUCUUCAAGUGUUCAAAUGAAAGAAUAGUUAAUAUUUGUCAUUAUAUUUCACUCCUUACAAGUACAGAUCUUGAGAUAACAUGGUGAAGUUCUCCUACCUUGUCUCUCUCCCAUAUUUUUGAUCACCCGUUAACAUUUUUAAAAUUACUUGAUUACACAAAGGCAAUCACUGCGUGCACCAUCUGUUUCUUCCCCAUUUUCAGCAUAUUUGAUUACAUAGUUUAAUCAAAAGUGCUGCUAGGAAGUGCCACGGUUUAAUAUUUAUGAUUCAAUCAACAGAUGAUUCUUGAUUGUUUUUCAGACUUAAACAGGAUCAUUACAUUUACCAUGAAAAUGACUUUAUUACUUCUUAUUAUAAAUACAUUUAGCAUCUUUUAGGGCGGGGGUAUGGCUUUUAUCGGACAGAAGUUAAGCACAAAUCAGGAAGUUAAAAAGACGUGGGAAUCACAUUAAACCAAAAUUUCUGGUCAAAUCCAACAAGCAGCAAUGACAAAUGUUACAAACUUUAUUAUUACCUAAAUAAAUUCAGAGAAAAUUUCUUAAUAUUCUUUCUAGCACCUCCACAAACACUACAAUUUACCUAAAUGACUCCACUGGGUUACAUUAUUCCCUUUCAAUAAGAGAAUCAGCAGCUAAAUGAGGUUAUUAGAUACAGGAAAUUAAGUUACAGAAAAUAAGAUUUUGGAGAAAGAUGAAGACGUUUCAUGUUGCUGUUUUUUUUUUCUUUUAUUAGAGAAGAGUGUAACAGAGGUCCAGGACAACCCUAACCCAGUCAACCUGUGGGAGGAGAGCAGAGUGGAGGAUGAGCUCUCCCCCGAGGAGAUCCAGAUGGUAUGGCUCUUGGUAGACCUCUUAAAAUCUAAUAUAAGUAGAUGAUGAAGUGUAUCCAAACUGUUAUAUAACCAUUGUUAAUUUUCUUGCUUUAUUGCCAUGUGUCUGUUUAGUUUGAGCAGGAGAACCAGAGGUUGGUGAGCGAGAUGAACAGCCUGGUGGAUGAAGUCCGGUGAGUCACCCUGAAUAAACACAUUACUCUCUCUUUUCAUUAAGUCUGUUGUGCCCGGGGUUUUACCAGGAGAUGUCAUGUUGUCCGCAUGUCAGUGGCACAUAAAUGAAAAGUAUUUUUAGAGGAGCUCUGAAAAGUCUCGAUACACUCUGGUGUGAAUGGGUGACACUGUGUUGCAUCCUGCCAUUUAAUUUGAAAAAUGUCAGGAAAUCCCUGGUGAGAAAGACGGCGGUUAUGUAAGAAGAAACAAACCCUGUUUGCUCACAUGCCCACAAAGUCAGUGAAAUGCUCUCAGUGAAAUGCUUUGAACAGAUGUUUCUUUGGUGGAAAUUUGAAAAUAACAAAGCUGGAGAUUUCUCUGCAGACUAUUUUUGUUUACUUUUGUUCUCCUUCAGGCAAAUUGAAGGGAAGGUGGUGGAGAUUUCUCGGCUGCAGGAGAUCUUUUCUGAGAAAGUCCUUCAGCAGGUGAGCUGAUUUUUUUUUUUUUCAGUUUUGUUCACCUGUUUUAUUUAAUGCCCAGAGUUGAACACAGACGUGUUGUCUGCCCCACCUUUUAACAGGAGACAGAGAUAGACAAUAUUCAUCAGCUGGUGGUUGGCGCUACAGAAAAUGUCAAAGAAGGCAAUGAGGAUAUACGAGAGGUAACACACCUUGUAUUUACAAGUCAUACUUCCCAUAUUUAGUGAGAAAUCUGAUCAUUACAAUGUGUUUUUUCUUUUUUUCAUUUCCAUCUCAAGGCCAUUAAAAACAACGCCGGCUUCCGGGUUUGGAUCCUGUUUUUCCUCGUCAUGUGCUCCUUCUCUCUGCUCUUCCUGGACUGGUAUGACAGCUAACAGAGCUCGCCAGCAUGGACUGUAUAUAACAGCAAGGAAAAUCUCUGACUCUGGCACAUAAGAAGGGGUGUACAACACUGAGACUGGAUGUACAGUUUUACAUGCUGGACCUGAUGAAGAUUCUGGGUCCAGGAGGAGAGUAGCAGAUCAGCCUUUUGAUGCCUACUGUCUAUCUUCAGUAUUUAAAGCACUUCUUUGCCAUCAGGCUUUGUAUUGCUUGAAAUGUGUGUGCAUUUAGAUGGUCUGUCUUUCUCUACCACUGAUGAUAGUAAUGAUAACAGUGGUUAUAAGAAGUGAUAUUGGUUUGAAUGGCAGAGACAAAAACACCCUUAUGUCGGUUUAUUUAUGGAACAGAUGAGCAGAUACUGUGUAGACUGGCGUUUCACCGACUUUCUCAUGUACACUUUUUAGUGACAUUAUUAAUGUGUGUUCCUAAAUGACUGGUUAAUUAAACACUAGUGUCAAAUGUGAUGUUUUUUUUGUUGUGUCUAAGGCAACUGUAAGCAUCAGAGCAUUCUUUGUGUCAAUCAGAGUUUCACUGUACCCACACACCACUUAAACUCAAGUAAAAUGAAGCAUUGUCUCAGUGAAA